AUGGUGCUUCCGGCAACCGGUCAACAAGGGUUUCAGUCUUCGCAAUCGCCGGAAGAUCGAGCGCGUGAUUUGAGCUCUCGCUUGCAGUCAAUGCCGCCGAUCUGCAAGUACAAAGGCUUCAUACCAGCUUCCAGGGAGCUGUGUGGUGAGACCUUCACACAGCAAUGCCUAAGUGCUCGGGAAACACCGAGAACGGCUGGUGGGGGCACCCCCUUCGAGGCAUGGGCGAAAACAGGAGUUGGUGCAGCAGGCAGAAUCGUGUGCCAGGGCAAGGGCUUGCGCGUGGACCUGCAGGAGCAGCAUGCUGCAGAGCAAUGCCGUGCUGGGCUGGCCACCAUCAUGUCUGCAAGGGUGCGCCUCAGUUGGUUCCUUGCACCUCGGAGAGUGCUCGAAAUAUAUUUGCUGGUACAGGAUAAGAGAGCUCCUUUUCUGUUGCGGAUGCCUUAG